AUGUCAGAUUUUGAAUGGCAGUCUCAUGCCGCCUUUGAUCAUGGUGAUGUUCACGCAGGACCCAGUGCAGGUCAUCACACUUACGACAGCUACCCGAACACCCAAGGCAACAUCGACUUUGAGCAGCCAGUCCAGCACUAUGAUGGGCCCGGUUCCCAAUUCUCUGCCGGCGGCCAUCUCGAGCUGCCAUCACACGAUAUCAGCCACCUGAACGUUCAACACGGUAACUACUUGGUGCCCUCAGGUAGCAGCCAGCAGGGCGUGCAAAUGACGCUGCCACAUUCUUUCCAAGCGCAUGAUGGGGGCGGCCAUUACUACGGCGGUCACAACUACAACUUCACUCUAUCACACGGCACGGACGAUCCUCCUCCCCUUCCUGACACCUACCAUUCCGUGGUAUCCCACAGCUCAAACAACUCUCAGCCCGCCAUGUCUAACGAUGGCUACUACUUCAUGAGAUCCGACGACUCAAACGUUCAGGCCCCCCUUGACCCCAUACCUGAAGUGACGACUCAAAAGUUGAUCCGGGGUAGGCAUACCUCCCGCAAAACCAAACGUGCCACCUCUACCCGGACGAAGUUCCUCAAUUCCAAAUACGUCACCCAGGAAUCAUCCCUGUCCAUGGAACAGGCGUCCUCGUCGUUCGUCUUUUUAACACCGACGUUACUCCAGGAUUUCAAAGGGGACGCUCGGACCGACAUGUUCAAGAACUUAUUCGAAGACAAUCUCUUUCCGUCCGCAUCUGAACUCUCCACCAUUGCCAACAACACGCUAGACGCGACGAUUGCUCGCUAUACCAGCAAUAACGUCAACCACGGGCAUGAACUCAUCCGUUGGAAAUCGGGGCCGGACGCUAAGAACCUUCUCGCGAGGCUCAAAGCAAUCCUGAAGGAGAUACAUGGCGACUUCGAGGAGAUCGCCAGUAUCUCUUGGAUAUCAGCUUAUGACUUGAGCCUUGAUCUAUCUCUCUCAAGAGACGAAAUGCAAGCAGCACGGGUCGCAAAUAUUGCAGCCCUGCUAUCAGACUUUCUAUUUGUGGAUAAAAUUGUUGAGGUGACCAUGGACGACGGGCAAAUCAGGUUGUGUCGAACUCCAUGUGGCCACAAGGCCAUCUUUGACCUGUUAGAACACAUCAUAUCCUGCAAGCAAUACUCUCGUUAUAUUCCCCUCGAUACAGAGUCUUGGCAACCCCUCCUUACCAACGUCAUCGCCCUUGCAGUAACCUCGCGUGCUUGGUCGUUGCAAAAAGCCUUAGCGGGUCCUUGGUCUGCAGCUUUGGACUUUCGCGGCGAGGAGAACAAGGUCUACUACACGUUCAUGAAGUCUCGUCUACGCAUGUUGCCUGAGGAUGAACGCUUGAGAUUCGAGGCAUUGAUGAUUAGCAUGCAUCGUGCACUACGGUAA